AUGGGGAUGGGGUUAACAUCGAGUACAGCCAAAUCGCUUAAUUAUAUACUGAGUAGACCAGAAGGUGGCAGGAUAGUGGUUCUAAGCCCUGGAGGAGCAAUGGAAGCGUAUUAUGGUCGUCCUCAGAAGUAUACUUUUCUCAUAAAAGAGCGAAAGGGGUUUAUUAAGAUGGCUUUAAGACAUGGAUCCCCGUUAGUACUGGUUAUAGCGUUCGGUGAACCAGACCUUUUUGAACAAGUUAUAUGCGAAAAAUUAAGAUCUAUUCAAGAGUUUAUAAGGAAGUAUGUCGGGAUUGCACCUGUCAUUUUUUACGGAACGGGGUUCCUUUUUCUGGGGAAGGCGAUCGAGGUUGAAAAGGUAGAGAAUCCAACGAAUGAAGAAAUUGACAGCCUGCAUGCGAAAUUUGUCCAAGAACUGAAGGAUUUGUUUGAUUUACACAAGGACAAGUUUUUGGAAAAACCGGAUGACGACUCUUUGCAAAUAUUGGGAAUGGAAUUAAUCCCUUUAACUGACGAGUUGCAUCAGAAAUUCAUAAAACAAUUAGUAAAUUUGUUUGACACAUACAAAUAUGACUACUUGGUGGAUCCAGAAGCGAAAAUUCUAGAGUUAGAAUGA